AUGAAGGAAGAGUACUGCCCUCCCCACGAAGUCCAGAAACUAGAAAACGAGUUUUGGGAAAUCAAGCAAGUUGAAGGUGACAACGCCGGCCUCACAGCCAGGUUCAAACAGCUUAGCAUUAUUUGCCAAAGCCAAGGCGACACUCCCGAAAAGGCCAUCAAGAAGUACAUCCGUGCUUUGCCUGAGUGUGUGGGCGAUUUUGUUGAAGCUGCAAGACUGGCUACCAUCGAAAAAACCUAUCUCUUGGCCGCAGGAAUCAAUGACAAGCGGGUCUUGGCUGGAUUCUUCUCCAAGGAUUCCACCAAGAAGGCUAACCAAGCUACCACCCAAUCACCCGACGACGCCGCACUGCCGCAAGACACCAACAAGACUAGCCGCAAGAGGAAGAGCUCGAGUUUAUUAAUUAAAAUGCCGCCGAGAAUUAGAGGCCAUGGAGGAAAAGGAAAAGGUCCUAUGAGGGGAGGACCAUCUGGACAAGUUGGACCCUCACACCGACGCACACCUUCGGCGUCAUUUAGUACCUCUGAUUCGAAUGAUGAUUGGAGGCAAUCCUUACAACCGGCGAGGCGAUCCAUCUCGCUAAGAACAUCACCAUCAUAUCACCCUUCUUUUGGGCCGCCUAUUCAAGACGAGCCCCAACAUUCUCACAAUUCCCAACAUUCUCACCAUUCUCACCACUCACAUCAUUCAUACCACUCUCUACACUCUCAUUCUUUCCACCAUUCUGGUUCUCUUGAUCCUUAUUCUCCGGGUCAAUUUAACCCCGACGAUUAUAUUAAUGAACCACAAGGUUACAACCCAUUAGGACCCGAGGACCAUUUCUCCCAAGAUAUGGAAAUGGAUGAUGACCCCUACCCAAAGAUGCCACCAACUGAAACACUAACUCAUCCCAUCAGCAUCUCCAGCGGUUCUCCUUAUGAAGGAUCGCCAUAUCAAGGCCCCGACUCGUGGGCCGAAAGGUGGAACACGUACCAAUGGGAAGUCACCCCUUCUUUUCAUAAUUCUCCACCACAACCUCCAUUGGAGGAACCGUAUCUUCAGGCGGUUACUCCACCACCUUUGCCCGUUGAGGAACCACCUCAACAACCACCACAACCACCUCCUGAGCCACCAAGGCGAAUGAGGAAUGCACGGAUGUCCGUGCGAGGGGGACCAAGAUUUAGUUCCCCACAAGCUUCGAGUACUUACCCUCCUAUUCCUGAAGAUCCACAAAUGGGUGGACCUUCUCAUGCGGUGCCGGAAGAUGAUCCCCCGCCAGUUACUUUUGCACCACCGCCACCGCCAGUGGGUUAUGAAAACCCAAUACCAACUUACCCAGCUUCUUCUGGGUAUAACCCACUUGAAUAUCCAAAUCCUACAGGGUAA